AAGCUGGAGUACAAACCGUUCCGCGAAAUCGUGAUCGAUUCGAGCAAUGAGACGCAUGGAGCGUGCUGUAUUUGUACGUGUGAAUACGAUGUGGAGGAGGACAAUGAGGCCGAUUCGAUCUGUCUGCUUCCCUGCUCGCAUAUCUUUCAUAAAGCUUGCUUGGAUGGGUGGCUGCGAAAGAAGUGGACUUGUCCGUUCUGUAAAUUCAAUUUAAUGGAGUGGAUGCAUUCUU